AUGGCCUCAAAUUUAUCAACUGGUUCCCAGUCUUCACUAACCACCACAGACGAACUUGAAGAGCUAGAAAUAAUGGAAUUCGAUGCCACGAUGCUUAGAGAAUUACUCGAAGAGCCAAAAGAAGAAGUGCGGGAUGAUAAAGUUUACACCAUGGAGAUGGAGAAGAACUCGACCUUGGAAGAUAAUUAUCAGUGUCUAGACAAUAUUGAAAAUUUCGACUGGCUUCAUAUCAUGGAAGAAAGCCCUUUUCCAUGCGACGAUAUAGGAGUUUGGUACCAGGGCACGGCUGAUGUUGUUGAGACGAUAGAGCUUUACGAUUGUUUUCGUAUCCCAAGUCCAGCACUAGUUCCAUAUGAUGAAAUUGCAUACAUUGGCUUGUGGGAACAGAAUUAG